AUGCGCAAGUCCAAGGGCGGUGCCGCUGCCGCUGCUGCUGCCGCUAUCGAGCACAACCUUCAAGACACCACCACCAGCUACUUUACCUAUCGCCCGCUAUCCAACCUCCCCACACCGCCUUCGUCAUCGAGAUCGAGGCAGCACCAGCACCACCAUCAGCAGCCUCGCAACACGGGAGCAAGCUAUGCCACGGAUGACGGCGAGGUCCUGCGCGCCAUCUAUCGAGGUAAGGCCAAUUCACUGCUGGCUCUGCAAAUGCCCUCUAGUUACUCACUCGUCUUCUCCACAGGGCCGGCCAUUCACCUAGUGAAUCUGAUUCCGUCGUCGGCAUCCCUCGCCUCGGCCUCUGUUCAUCUAGUCCAGUACAUACUCGGCCGCGCCAACAUUCCCCUCGAAACGAUUGCCUUGGCCGUCUGCAUCCUCGACCGCGUCGACGCCAAGUUUGGUCGCAAAUGGCGACUCACGUGCCCUCUGUGUCCCGGCACCGAGCCAACCGCCGCCGCCGCCGCAGCAGCAGCAUCUGAUGAAACGACCCAGCGCCAAGUCUCUGCGCACGCGAAGCGACACAGCCUGCCCGUCACGCCGCAGCCGACGAGCCGCCACCGCCCGCCCCAGCUGCACAUCGACUCGGUCCAGCCCGAAAUCAUCGUCCUCGCCGCCCUCGUCAUCGCCGACAAGUUCACCGACGACGCGGAGCAGUCGACGCAGUCGUACUGCGCCACCUGGGGCCGCGGCCUGUGGUCCCCGGCCCAGCUCAAUGCCACCGAGCGCUCCCUCAUGGAGAGCCUCGACUAUCGCAUCAUGCCGCUCUGCGACGACGACUGCCUCGCCGACGCCAUGGUCGACAUGCAGCUCGCCGCCCGGCACCACGGCGGCCGCUGGGAUGCCGUCGAGCCGUCGCCACCCCGCAGCGAUGACGGCGACGUGGUGUUUGCCGGGCACGACUCAGACCGCCGUGACACGGGCAACUUUGUCGCUGGCCACGCUCGCUCCAAGACGCUGGUGCCCGCCAGCGGUGCCGGCAUGACGACCGACUCUGUCGGCCUGGGUCUCAGCUGGACCGCCGCCAUUUGA